AUGGCAACUACACAACAACAUAUGACUGACAUUAAUGUCAAAAUCUUGCUUCAUGCUUUCUCCACACUGCAACUAAGAUUUGAGCGUGAUGGGAUGCGGGCGAUACUAGAGUCUUAUGACAGCGAGUUGGCCCCCACCGAGUAUUCACCUCAACUCAGCAAACGGCUCAAAGAGGCCGAGGAAAUGCUGCAAAAGACGCAAAAUCACAAUGCGGAGAUGGAGGUCCAGCUCUCUAAAGCACAAGAAGAGACGGGGACACUCAAACUGCAGCUGCAAGCGGUGGAGUUAGAGCUGGAGUCUGUAAAGAAGCAGCAGGCCUCUGCAGGUGACCGCAGCUCUUUACUGACCAAAGAGGAGGUCAGCAUACUCAGACAAAAAAUUGAAGAUUUAGAGGCAGAGCGGCAACGUAUGGAGGAGCAGAACAACAUUCUGGAGAUGAGACUGGAGAGACACAACCUGCAGUGGAAAAGGCUCGUCCUGACUCGGCACAGCGGUCUAGCCGACACUUUAGGCCCCUGUCUCUGGAUGAAUCUGAGGAAACACGCAGCCAACGACGACGCUCGUUUCCAGGAAGACCUGCUGAACAUCGCCCGCACCACGCUGUCCUCCAAACUGCUGACUCACCACAAAGACCACUUCUCCCACCUGGCCGUCAAAGCUGUCAUGAGGCUGAAGGGUUCCGGGAACCUGGAGGCCAUCCACGUCAUCAAGAAGCUGGGCGGCAGCCUCACCGACUCGUACCUGGACGAAGGUUUCCUGCUGGACAAGAAGAUCGGCGUGAACCAACCCAAGAGGCUGGAGAAUGUGAACAUCCUGAUCGCCAACACCGGAAUGGACACUGACAAGAUCAAGAUUUUCGGCUCCAGGGUUCGCGUCGACUCGAUGGCGAAGGUCGCGGAGAUUGAACUUGCGGAGAAAGAGAAGAUGAAGGAGAAGGUCGACCGGAUCCUCAAGCACGGGAUCAACUGCUUCAUCAACAGACAGUUGAUCUAUAAUUACCCAGAGCAGCUCUUCGCUCAGGCCGGCGUCAUGGCCAUCGAGCACGCUGACUUUGCCGGCGUGGAGCGCCUCGCGCUGGUCACUGGCGGAGAGAUCACCUCCACCUUCGACCACCCCGAGCUGGUGAAGCUCGGACACUGCAAACUGAUCGAGGAGGUGAUGAUCGGAGAGGACCUGCUCAUCCACUUCUCUGGAGUCGACAUGGGUGAGGCGUGCACCAUUGUCCUGCGUGGAGCGACUCAGCAGAUCGUGGACGAAGCGGAGCGCUCGCUACACGACGCCCUGUGCGUGUUGGCUCAGACUGUGAAGGAGCCUCGCACUGUCUACGGAGGAGGCUGCUCUGAGAUGCUGAUGGCGAAGGUGGUGACCGAUCUGGCCAACAAGACACCAGGGAAGGAGGCGGUCGCCAUGGAGUCGUUCGCCAAAGCUCUGAGGAUGCUGCCGACCAUCAUUGCCGACAACGCCGGCUAUGACAGCGCCGACCUGGUGGCCCAGUUGAGAGCUGCACACCAGGAGAACAAGACCACGUCUGGACUGAACAUGUCUGAGGGCACUGUGGGCGACAUGGCCGAGAUGGGCAUCACCGAGUCGUUCCAGGUGAAGCGCCAGGUGCUGCUAAGUGCAUCCGAGGCCGCCGAGAUGAUCCUGAGGGUCGACGACAUCAUCAAAGCUGCGCCCAGGAAGAGAGUUCCGGACCAUCACCCCUGCUAGAGGAUGAAGAAGAAGAAGAGGGGGAGGAGCUUCAGUUUUGUUAUUUAUCACCUCUGUAGUUCAAAUUAAACAAACGCUCCGCUGGUUUAUUUUUGUGUUUUCUCCGUUGUCAAAACUCACUGUGGAAGCACUGAUGCUACAUCAAGCUCCCGGUGCCGCGAACGUCUGAGGCUUCUGCUCAAGCUAGCGGGACAAAUUGCUAACGGCGAUAAUGUGUAGGUCAGUACGGUUUGUGAUGCUAACGUUAGCAGGUGUUGUGUUAGCACAGGAAGUUGGGACUGUUUUUGUUUACUGAAAUAAAUGAACCAAUUGUCAUCA